GCGGCGCUCCCGCACCCUGCCGGGGGUCGGCGCGGCCGGAGCAGGCGGGGGACGCCGCCGGUGCCGUGCGGAGGGAUUUCCUCCGAUGCAUUUUUCCCUCCCCCAAGUCUCUCUGACACCAACAAGACUGGGGUUAUGAAGUCAGUCCUAGAUGGCCUCGCAGAUACGACUUUCCGAACAAUCACAACAGAUCUCCUUUACGUGGGCUCCAACGACAUCCAGUACGAAGACAUGAAGGGUGACAUGGCAUCCAAGCUGGGAUACUACCCCCAGAAGUUCCCUCUCUCUUCCUUCAGGGGUGAUCCUUUCCAAGAAAAAAUGACUGCAGGAGAUGAUCCCCUGUUGAGCAUUAUUCCUUCAGAUCAGGUCAACAUCACAGAGUUUUACAACAAAUCCCUGUCCACGUUUAAGGAUAAUGAGGAGAACAUACAGUGUGGGGAGAACUUCAUGGAUAUGGAGUGCUUUAUGAUUCUGAACCCCAGUCAGCAGCUGGCCAUCGCCGUGCUGUCGCUCACCCUGGGCACCUUCACGGUCCUAGAGAACCUCCUCGUCCUGUGCGUCAUCCUCCACUCCCGUAGCCUCCGGUGUAGACCCUCCUACCAUUUCAUCGGCAGCCUGGCUGUGGCCGAUCUCCUGGGCAGUGUGAUUUUUGUCUACAGUUUUGUGGAUUUCCAUGUUUUCCACCGGAAGGACAGCCCCAACGUCUUCUUGUUCAAACUGGGAGGAGUUACGGCCUCCUUCACCGCCUCCGUAGGUAGCCUUUUCCUCACGGCAAUAGACCGGUACAUAUCCAUACACAGGCCGCUGGCCUACAAAAGGAUUGUUACCCGACCAAAGGCCGUCGUAGCGUUUUGUGUGAUGUGGACCAUCGCCAUUGUAAUAGCCGUCCUUCCUCUGCUUGGCUGGAACUGCAAAAAGCUCAAUUCCGUUUGUUCGGACAUAUUCCCUCUCAUCGACGAGACGUACCUGAUGUUCUGGAUCGGGGUCACCAGCGUCCUCUUGCUGUUCAUUGUCUAUGCCUACAUGUACAUACUGUGGAAGGCUCACAGCCACGCUGUUCGCAUGAUUCAGCGGGGCACGCAGAAAAGCAUCAUCAUUCAUUCUACGGAGGAUGGUAAGGUACAGAUCACUAGGCCCGAUCAAACUCGUAUGGACAUCAGGUUAGCCAAAACUUUGGUCCUUAUCCUAGUCGUUUUAAUCAUAUGCUGGGGCCCUCUCCUCGCCAUCAUGGUGUACGAUGUCUUUGGGAAAAUGAACAAGCUCAUCAAGACUGUCUUUGCCUUCUGUAGCAUGCUGUGUUUGCUGAACUCGACAGUCAAUCCCAUCAUCUAUGCUCUGAGGAGCAAGGACUUGCGACACGCCUUCCGCAGCAUGUUCCCCACCUGCGAGGGAACGGCGCAGCCCCUCGAUAACAGCAUGGAGUCUGACUGCCAGCACAAACACGCCAACAACGCGGGCAACGUGCACAGGGCUGCCGAGAGCUGCAUUAAGAGCACAGUUAAGAUUGCCAAAGUGACCAUGUCUGUCUCCACAGACACGACUGCCGAAGCCUUGUAAGUCAGAGACUUCUCAGCGUUCCUAGAGAAGGAGUUGGUUUAAACGACAACAACAAAAGAAACACCCCAC